AUGUCUGACUCUCUCUGGACCGCGCUUUCCAAUUUCUCGAUGCCCUCCUUCCCCGGCGGCAGCAUGUUCCGCCGCACCAAGAGCUGCCGCACCAGUAAUCGGAAAAGCCUCAUCCUGACCAGCACUUCACCCACGCUGCCGCGGCCCCACUCCCCACUGCCGGGCCACCUGGGUAGCAGUCCCCUGGACAGUCCCCGCAAUUUCUCCCCCAACACCCCCGCCCACUUCUCAUUCGCCUCCUCUCGAAGGGCGGAUGGACGCCGUUGGUCUCUGGCCUCACUCCCUUCUUCUGGCUAUGGCACCAACACGCCCAGCUCCACGGUCUCGUCUUCCUGCUCCUCCCAGGAGCGCCUGCACCAGCUGCCCUACCAGCCCACCGUGGACGAACUCCACUUCCUCUCCAAACACUUUGGCAGCACCGAGAGCAUCACCGACGAGGAUGGCGGCCGACGCUCCCCGGCUGUGCGGCCCCGCUCGCGGAGCCUCAGCCCGGGGCGCUCCCCCUCCUCCUACGACAACGAGAUCGUGAUGAUGAACCAUGUCUACAAGGAGAGGUUCCCGAAGGCCACAGCGCAGAUGGAGGAGAAGUUGCGCGAGUUCGCCCGCGCUUACGAGCCCGACAGCGUGCUGCCGCUGGCCGACGGCGUGCUCAGCUUCAUCCACCACCAGAUCAUCGAGCUGGCCCGGGACUGCCUGGCCAAGUCCCGCGACGGCCUUAUCACCACCGUCUACUUCUACGAAUUGCAGGAGAACCUGGAGAAGCUGCUGCAGGAUGCCUAUGAGCGCUCUGAGAGCUUGGAGGUGGCUUUCGUCACUCAGCUGGUGAAGAAGUUACUUAUUAUCAUCUCGCGCCCUGCGAGGCUGCUGGAGUGCCUGGAAUUCAAUCCCGAGGAGUUUUACCACCUGCUGGAGGCAGCCGAGGGCCACGCCAAGGAGGGCCACCUUGUCAAGACGGACAUCCCCCGCUACAUCAUCCGCCAGCUUGGCCUCACCCGUGACCCCUUCCCAGACGUAGUUCACCUGGAGGAACAGGACAGUGGAGGCUCCAACACGCCUGAGCAGGACGACCUCUCCGAGGGUCGUAGCGCCACCACCAAGGCCAAGAAACCUCCUGGGGAGAAUGACUUUGAGACCAUCAAACUCAUAAGCAAUGGUGCCUACGGUGCCGUCUACCUGGUGCGGCACCGUGACACACGUCAGCGCUUUGCUAUGAAGAAGAUCAACAAGCAGAACCUGAUCCUGCGCAACCAGAUCCAGCAGGCCUUUGUUGAGCGUGAUAUCCUCACCUUUGCCGAGAACCCCUUUGUGGUUGGCAUGUUCUGCUCCUUUGAGACCCGGCGCCACCUCUGCAUGGUCAUGGAAUAUGUGGAAGGUGGGGACUGUGCCACCUUGCUGAAGAACAUCGGGGCGCUGCCCGUGGAGAUGGCUCGUAUGUACUUUGCGGAGACGGUGCUGGCACUAGAGUACCUGCACAACUAUGGCAUCGUGCACCGUGACCUCAAGCCUGACAACCUCCUCAUUACCUCCAUGGGUCACAUAAAGCUGACGGAUUUCGGCCUUUCCAAGAUGGGGCUCAUGAGCCUCACUACCAACCUGUAUGAAGGCCAUAUCGAGAAGGACGCCCGGGAGUUCCUGGACAAACAGGUGUGCGGGACCCCAGAGUACAUCGCCCCCGAGGUCAUCCUGCGCCAGGGUUACGGCAAGCCAGUGGACUGGUGGGCCAUGGGUAUCAUCCUCUACGAAUUCCUGGUGGGCUGUGUGCCCUUCUUUGGAGACACGCCCGAAGAGCUCUUUGGACAGGUCAUCAGCGAUGACAUUCUAUGGCCCGAGGGGGAUGAGGCCCUACCCACAGAUGCCCAGCUCCUGAUAUCCAGCCUUCUGCAGACCAACCCCCUGGUCCGACUUGGGGCAGGUGGAGCCUUUGAGGUAAAGCAGCACAGUUUCUUCCGAGACCUGGACUGGACAGGGCUGCUGAGGCAGAAAGCUGAGUUCAUCCCCCACCUGGAGUCCGAGGAUGACACCAGCUACUUUGACACCCGCUCGGACAGGUAUCACCACGUGAACUCCUAUGAUGAGGAUGACACUACAGAGGAGGAGCCCGUGGAGAUCCGCCAGUUCUCUUCCUGCUCCCCGCGCUUCAGCAAGGUGUACAGCAGUAUGGAGCAGCUGUCGCAGCAUGAGCCCAAGACCCCAGUAACGGCAGCGGGGGUCAGCAAGCGGGAGCCGAGCGCCAAGGGUCCAGAGGAGAAGGUGGCCGGCAAGCGGGAAGGGCCGGGCGGCCUGACCCUGCGUGAGAAGCCCUGGAGAGGGGGCUCCCCGGAGAUCAAGCGCUUCUCAGCUUCCGAGGCCAGCUUCCUGGAGGGAGAGGCCAGCCCCCCGCUUGGCGCGCGCCGCCGCUUCUCAGCCUUGCUAGAACCCAGCCGCUUCAGCUCCCCUCAGGAGGAUGAGGAUGAGGUCCGACUGCGCAGGCCUCCCCGGCCCAGCUCUGACCCCCCAGGCUCACUGGAUGCUCGCGCCCCCAAGGAGGUGGCUCCAGGGGACUACCACCUCAGCUCCGGGGACCCUGACGCCACUGAUCGCCCACGCCCAGGAGACCUCUGCCCACCCCUGAAGGAUGGAGACCCAUCAGCCCCUAGGGCUACCAAUGACCUGGUUCUGCGCAGGGCAAGGCACCAACUGACAGGCGAUCCUGUGGUAGAGAAGCGGCCGUCUCGAACCGGGGGAAAAGUCAUCAAGUCAGCCUCUGCCACUGCUUUGUCUGUCAUGAUUCCUGCAGUGGACCCGCAUGGCAGCUCACCCCUGGCCAGCCCCAUGUCCCCACGAUCUCUCUCCUCCAACCCGUCCUCGCGGGACUCCUCGCCCAGCCGGGACUACUCACCGGCUGUCAGUGGGCUCCGCUCCCCCAUCACCAUUCAACGCUCAGGAAAGAAAUAUGGCUUCACACUGCGUGCCAUCCGCGUCUACAUGGGUGACUCAGAUGUCUACAGUGUCCAUCACAUCGUCUGGCAUGUGGAAGAGGGAGGCCCAGCCCAGGAAGCAGGGCUCUGUGCCGGGGACCUCAUCACCCAUGUGAAUGGAGAGUCUGUUCAUGGCAUGGUGCAUCCGGAGGUCGUGGAGCUGAUCCUUAAGAGCGGCAACAAGGUGGCGGUGACCACAACGCCCUUCGAGAACACCUCCAUCCGCAUUGGCCCUGCGAGGCGCACCAGCUACAAGGCCAAGAUGGCUCGUAGGAACAAGCGGCCUUCCACCAAAGAGGGGCAGGAGAGCAAGAAGCGUAGCUCCCUAUUCCGGAAGAUCACGAAGCAGUCGAACCUACUGCACACUAGCCGCUCGCUGUCGUCUCUGAACCGCUCGCUGUCGUCCAGCGACAGCCUCCCGGGCUCACCCACGCACGGUCUGCCCGCGCGUUCACCCACUCACAGCUACCGCUCCACGCCGGACUCCGCCUACCUAGGUGCCUCGUCACAGAGCAGUUCGCCGGCCUCAAGCACGCCCAACUCGCCGGCAUCGUCGGCGUCGCACCACAUCCGGCCCAGCACGCUGCACGGCCUCUCGCCGAAGCUGCACCGCCAGUACCGUUCCGCGCGCUGCAAGUCGGCCGGCAACAUCCCGUUGUCGCCACUGGCACACACGCCGUCCCCAACGCAGGCAUCGCCGCCUCCACUGCCGGGCCACACGGUAGGCAGCUCCCACACGACGCAGAGCUUCCCGGCCAAGCUGCACUCGUCGCCGCCGGUCGUGCGCCCGCGCCCCAAGAGCGCAGAGCCCCCGCGCUCGCCCCUGCUCAAACGCGUGCAGUCGGCAGAGAAGCUGGGAGCUUCGCUGGGCGCUGACAAGAAGGGUGCGCUGCGCAAACACAGCCUCGAGGUGGGCCACCCGGAUUUCCGCAAGGACUUCCAUGGCGAGCUGGCGCUGCAUAGCCUCGCUGAAUCCGAUGGCGAGACGCCCCCAGUUGAGGGGCCUGGCGCGCCCCGGCAGGUUGCGGUCCGCCGGCUGGGUCGCCAGGAGUCGCCCUUGAGCCUGGGCGCAGACCCGCUGCUGCCCGAGGGUGCCCCCAGGCCUCCGGCGUCGAGCAAGGAGAAGGAGUCCCCAGGUGGCCUUGAGGCCUGUACCCCGCCCCGUGCGACGAUUCCGGGGGGUCGGACCCUGGAGCGGGAUGGUGGCAGCACUCGGCAUCAGAGCGUGCAGACUGAGGACGGCACGGGAGGGGCCGCUAGGGCUGUGGCCAAGGCGGCACUAAGCCCGGUGCAGGAACAUGAGACUGGCCGACGCAGCAGCUCAGGCGAGCCGGGCACGCCCCUGGUGCCCAUAGUUGUGGAACCCGCCCGGCUGGGGACCAAAGUUGAUCCUCCCCAGCCUCUAGGCACGGACUCCAAGGGGCUGCAGCAGCCCGUGCCCCUGGUGCCUCCAGUGCCCGAGGCCCCCCGAGGCCGGGAGUGCUGGGUGCUGGAGGUGGUGGAGGAGCGGACCACGCUGAGUACACCUCGCUCCAAGCCCACCUCCCCCAAGCUUUCCCCAGAUCCCCAGGCCCCUAUCCUAGCCCCAUCAAAGAGUCUGCCCAGCAGCGCAGGCCCUCCAGCCCCACCUGCUUCAGUCCUGGUCCCGGGGACUAAGCCCGAGGUGGGGUUGUCCUCCCGAUGCCCUGUUGAAGCUGUGCCGCCUCUAGGCCUGACCAAAAAAGGGGCGCCCUACCCUGCACCCCCAGGCCCAUAGUGCAGGGGGCCCCGGCCUAGUGCUGUACAGCUACCUGUAUACAUAUGUACACAUAUAAAUAAAGUCAGUGCUGUGUGAACUUUCUGGGGCUCACCCAUCCCUCCCUCACCUGACAGGGCAGGAUCCCACGGUGUCUCAUCCCCUGGUGCUGCUGUGCUUGGUGAGGAUGGAACACCAGUCCUGGAUGGAGGCCUGGACCCUUCCUAUGGCUCCACUUCCAGCCUCGCCUACACAACAGCUGGUUUGCAAUGCUGUUGAGUCCCACUGCCUGUCUGAAGAAAAGGCUAACAGCUCCACCCACCAAUUUGCUUUUACUCCUCAACAAUCCUGAGUGGGAGGUGUUAUGAUUCCCAUUUCACAAACAAGAAGAUUGAGUCACAAAGAGGUUAAGGCACACAGUUAAAUUCACACGAUUAGGAUUAUGGGAUUCAAACUGAAGUCCAAACUGGUUCUUGAACCUAAUCUCUUAUAUGCUCUGCUGGGUUUCCUGGUGAGACAACUCAGUUCUAUUCCCUACAGGGUUCCCAAAAACCAAAGCCCAUUGUCGUUAUCAAGUCAAGUCCAACUCACAGCAACCCUAUAGGACAGAGUAGAACUGCCCCAUACAGUUUCCAAGGCUGUAAUCUUUAUGGAAGCAGACUGCCACAUCUUUUUCCUAUAGAGUGGCUGAUAGGUUCAAACUGCCGACUUUUCAGUUUACAGUCAAGCACUUAACCCCUGUGCCACCAGGGCUCCUUACAGCGUUCCCAGUCCUUUACCAAUGGCUGGAAGGCCUUCCAGAGAGCAGGCAGCUGGGCACACAGUGUGCCCCCACCCCGAUGUUCCUCUCUCUGGUUCCGGUUCAUGUCACUCACACAGGUCCAGGGUCCUUUUGGGGCCACACACCACUUGGAAUGGUCUUCUGUGGCACUGAAAGUUGGCCCCCCUGGCCCAGGGAAGGCUAUCUCGGUUAUGUCCAAUACGUGCUGAGCACCUGAGCAGUUAGAGGGCAGAAUGCCAGCAGAAUUUUGCCAAAACUGGACCUGCAGGUUGCUGCCAAGGGCUCCUGCCAACCAGCCAGAGUACAGGUCUGCAAAGGAUGGAGAGAGAGCAUUGGCAGGGUCAGGGCCACUGCUAGAGACUGAGGCCAGCCACUUCCCCUUUCUGAGCUCAGUUUCCUCAGUUGUCAAUUCUUGGGAGCCCAGAAAAUGACAGCAUUAAUAUUAGUACAAAAAUGAAACAAAACAAAAACCAAACCCGUUGCCGUCAAGUUGAUUUUGACUCAUAGCAACCCUGUAGGACACAGUAGAACUGCCCCAUGGUGUCUCCAAGGAGCGGCGGAUGGAUUUGAACUGCCAACUUUUUGGUUAGCAGUUGUAGCUCUUAACCACUGUGCCACCAGGGUCACUCUUAACCAAUAAAAAAAAAACUAUAGCCCUUCCUAAAUGCUUUAUAUGCAUCAUUUAAUUGAAGCAUCACAAAAUCCUUUGAGGCAAGUAUCAGCAACCCCAUUUUUUAGAUGAAUAAACUGAGAGUCAGUUUAAAUCACACAUCACACAGCCAGAAACCAAGAUUUGAACACGGGUCUGUCAGUUCUUUACCUCUCAUGUGAUUAUGGCUCCCAAAGAGAGCCAGUCUCUAUUCUUGGUCUGCCCUCAGUCACACACACGCCAGACACAUCCUUUGCAGACAAAGAAUUCCCCAACCCCCAGCCUCAGGACUCACCAUCUCCAAAGUUUCCAAACUUGGCAAAGCUCUGGAAGGUGGCCCCUGCCUGUGAUGUGAGUGUUACACUGCUGUUCCAGGGCCCUUGGCGAAUGUGGUGGCCCUUGACCACUUCCUCCAGGUUAGGGAAUUUCUGGGCAAAGGCCCCUUCCAGCUUGUGGUCAUACACCAGGGGAUAGGUGUAGGUCAGCUGUCUCCCUGGAGGUGGGAUAAGGGAGGAGGAAGUGUGGGGGCAGCUCAGCAUCUGACCUGGGCAUCAGGGGCUUGCCCUGCCUCCCUGUCCCUGCUCACCAAUUGUCAGGAACUGGGUGAGGGAAAAAGACACACAGAGUAGGGUCUGGCCAUAAUUUCGAGCACUAUCGGGCCAGCUAUAUGCAGCAGAAGAGGCAGGCGGAGGGAAGCGCGGAACGCUGUGGACCAACCAGAAGCCCCCUUCUCGGUCCAGGAGCAGCACCCCUGUACCAGAAGAGCGGGAUCAGUGGGGCUGCUCAAGGCACCCCAGUAAGCACAUCCGUGACUCAGAAUGCCCUCAGUUUACGGGGGCCUGGAAUGGGUGUAGGCAGUGUCAGGACCACUGCUUAACUCAAUUUCCCCAGCCAUCAAUUCUUAUAGUCCUGCGGAAUGACAACGUUAACAGAAGGUGAAAAAACAGACCUCCAACGCCUGAAAGAGUAGGCUCCCAGGCCGGUCAGGGGUCAGCUGGGACAAAUUCAUGGGGAAACCAUGAGCUCCUCCCCAAUCCCAACCCAGGCCUCACCCUUUGUGUGUCCACGGCUGGAAGAGUCCUGAACCCCGCUGGACUCAGGCGGCUGGUCAUUGUAGAGCAGGAAGGCGAGCUGCGGGGUGGUGAACGGGGGCAACGUGAAGGUUCCCCCAAGGCGGGGCCUACCGUGGAGUCCCACCCUGGAUUCGUCCCCCUGCCCCUUCACCUGGCUGGCGUUGCUCUGAUACAGCGGCAGCAGGCUGCGGCCCACUGCCCCUGCCGAGCUGCUGAUGAACACCGCACCGUCGCGCCAGCCUCCCGAGGUAGCAUCCAGGUACUUGUACCUCAGCCCGCUCCCGGCCGCGUCCCCAGGCCCGCUUUUGGCCGGCAGCUUGUAGACGGCGAACCUGGAGGUUGGGAAGCGGGUAGAAGUGGGGUAAGGGGAAAAGAGGGAACCCUAGAAACUCACCCUGGAGCGCAGGAAUCCUGGAAGUCUCCUGGCUCCGCGCAGGUGUGGGGGAGGCGGUCGGUGCCCGAGCCCUCACCAGUCCACUGGCUGCCCAGAGUCCCCGUAGCAGGUCAGGGCCCCGGCAGGUACCCCGAGCAGCACCGCCAGGAGCACUGGGCGCAGCGCGUCCAUGGGACAAAACCUGCCUCGUGACCGCAGGGUGCCAGGUCACGAGCUCCGCCAGACUCCGGCGGGUAUGGCUCUCACUUCUCCAAAUUCGCCUAGAACCCCCGCCCAAGUUUCCAGAGGAUAGAGACUCCGCCCCGGAGACCAGACUGACUGCCCCGGUUCCCCAGGGGAGGGGCCCCUCAGGCCCCGCCCCCGCCCGGGCCCUCCCGGGGCCGCCUCUGGGUCCCGGCCGACUCAGUCCUUGAUCGCUUCACUCCUCAGACCACUCCCGCUUCUAGCCAGGCCGUCGGUGUACAGCCUUCUGCUGCUCUCCCAGCCAGUCACAGCCCACGCUCCUCCCCUCAGUCCCGCUUCCCAUUCGAACCUCCCGCAGCUCCUCCUUCUUCUCUCCACCCCGCCUCUAGGCUCCCAGGCACGAGUUUGGAAUGUUUCCUUUCAAGCCUUUACAGCGGGGACCCAACCCUGUGUGACCUUUGCUUUCUUAAGAGGAGUUUGCUUUCCUUAUUCUUCCCCUUUUCAUUCUGAUUUUUUUUCCUGUAUUCUUCAGACCUAGCCCAAGGGUCACUUUGAAUUACAGCCGGGUGAAAGUUACUGGGGUUUUGAAGCCCAGGCCGAGGCGCUCUUAAAAGGAGGGAGACCAUCCCUGUGCACGUGUAAGGCAGCGGACAAUAACACGUAGUCUGAUGGUGGUGGCGGGGAGGAGCGGGUGAGGGGCGUCGCUGGGGCUUAGGAGCUGAGAGCGUACCUGGGUCCCAAUAUCAUCUCCAGGGCCCCUGGCUAGCUCAGUCGUAGAGCAUGAGACUUUUAAUCUCAGGGUCGUGGGUUCGAGCCCCACAUUGGGUGGAAGUUUUGGAAACCCUGGUGGUGCGGUGGUUAAGUGCUACGACUCCUAACCUAAAGGUUGGCAGUUCAAAUCCGCCAGGCUCUCCU